UAAAACAAAAGUGGAUGUGGAUCCAAGAACCUUUUAUUUGGAGAUGAGGAGGAGAUGGUGACUGCAGCAGAAUUGGGAGCUAGAGGGUGAGGGGAGAGGAGGUAGAAGGAGACUGAGAGGGAGGUGAAACAGCACAACAGAGUUUACAGUGAAGAAGUAGAAUGGCAAAGACAACAAGUCUUUGGCAUCCUUGUGAUCCUGAUCACGCCUUGAUCCUGCGAGAGUUGAGCAAAAAUGUUAACUUGCCGUGCCUUAUCUGCGAGUUGCAUUUCAACGGCCCAACUUACUGCUGCUGGGACUGCAACGUCUUCCUCCACAAAUCAUGCGCCGAGCUGCCUCUCAAGACGCAGCAUCCCGCUCACCCACAGCACCCGGCUCUAUCCAUUACGAUAACUACCAUAAAUAUUUGCGAUAAAGAGGGCUGUCAUGAUGAAUUCUGCAGGGAUUGCAACAGAAAAGUUUUCGACUACCGCUGCGACGACUGCUCUUUCAGCUUGGACGUGGCUUGUGUAGCUCUAACUCUGUCCCCUCCGGAGAAAGAGGAAGAGGAGGAGAAGGAGACAAUUCGGCAUUUUGCUCAUGACCAUCCUCUCACCUCCUUCCCUUUGAAUAAGCCAAUCAAGGUCGAGUGCCGAGCAUGUGAGCAGCAGAUCUCCGGCCCAUUAAUGUAUGGGUGCCCUGUCUGCUGUUUCUAUCUCCAUGAAUCAUGCACUCUGCUACCCGGAGAGAUAGCAAAACACCCUUUCCAUCCUCAGCACUCUCUCACCCUCUUUACUGAGAGAGACUUCCGCUGCAAUGCCUGUAAUAACAAUACUACUCGGGCAGCAUAUGGUGGGAUCAAAAGUUUCAUUGCUCGUAUGUUUCGUGGCAAAAGAUAUAACAGGUUCUUGUACAAGUGCAACGAAUGCCGGUUCAGACUUGACGUCCAGUGUGCCACUUUAGUUCUGCCUUCUGAUAUUAAUCAGCAACUGGACUGUGGAACAAUUCAACAUUUUUCCCAUCAGCACCAGCUGGCAUCUUUUGAUGUGAAGAUGAAGAGUACAGGUCUCCACUGCAAAGCCUGCCGCCAGAAGAUAUCGGGGAAUGUCUACGGUUGCCCUGAUUGCAGAUUCUUCCUUCACAGAUGUUGCGCACGAGAAUUACCCCAGGAGAUGGUACACUUCCUUCAUCCGGACCACCCUCUCAUCUUCCAAGCAGAGCCUCGAUAUGUAGUUGGAGGACUCCGCUGCAAUUCCUGUGGAGUUGGAUCAUACUUCGACUUUGUAUUCAGUUGCAAAAGAUGCAACUUUGACCUGGACUCGCUGUGUGCUCUUCAAACCUUCUCUGCUUUUAAGGAAGGGAUACCUACUGAAAUUCAACAUUUUUCGCAUGACCACCCAUUGACCCUUUGCUACUCUUUGUCUGGGUCUCAUGAUGAUUGUACAGUUUGCGGGAGUGCGGUCAUCGGUCUAGCCUAUUAUUGCAGUACUUGCAACAGUCCUAUGCUUUCCAACCAGGAGAAACGAUUUGUGCUCCACAAGGCAUGUGCCGAACUGCCACAGCAAUUGGAACACCCGUUUCACCCAACGCAUACUCUCACUCUUAUCCCCGGGCAAUCAGAUAGUUCCUUCUACUGCGAUGCCAGUUGCCGGUAUACUAAAGGCUUCGCUUACUGCUGCAAUGAAUGCCGGUUUCACUUGAGUUUAGGAGCUGUUCCCUUGAAACCAACUUUAAAGCAUCAGCCCCAUGAACACGACCUGACUCAUUUCGAAACUCUAGGUGCUAUGCAGUGCAGUUACUGUGGCAAGAGGACCUACAGAGAUUCCUAUCGCUGUGUGCAAUGUAAUUUUACUGUCCAUCACGGUUGCAUUAGUAUUCUACCACUUUCCAUCAAACACGACAUUCACUUCCAUCCAUUGGCCCUCUGUGACAAAUUUAUCGAUAGAUUCGAUGAGCAAUACUGCGAUGCAUGUGAGACAACAAGGAGACCAGACCGUGGCGUUUAUUACUGUGCAAAAUGCAACUUUGCUGCUCAUAUUGGGUGUGUGAUCCCCUCGGUGGAAAUAGAGGAGACAAGACCAGCCCAGUUGGAGAAAGUGGAUCGAGAAAUUGCAAGUCUAGAGACUGAUAUAGAGGAAACUGCGACGAAUAUAGAGACGAUGCCGACGAAACUAGAGGCGCAAAGGAAGCGAUUGAAGGAACUUCGGACGAAGAGAGAUGAUCUGGCUUUCUGAAAGCAUGAGGGACUAAACGUGGGAAUGCAAGGGGCAUAAAAGCAUGGAUCUUACACUUUUGUUAGGCUGCAUUUGCUUUGUGAGUUCAUCAGUCGAUUCUAUAGCUUUUAUUGACUCAGGAUGUUUUCUAUGGCUACUUUGUUGCGAAAUGAGGAACAACCUUUGACACAGGUUGCUCCUCGAAGAUGAUACUAUAAGUUAUACUAGAAUAAUGGCUGCUUAGUGUUUCCGAUCUAGAUCCUCUCCUUUAACUCAAACUCGGUUAGAUUACUUCUGUAAUAUAGCGUCAUUUGUGUGUGGGUGGACCAUUACAAGAAGUCUUAAAUCCAUGCACCAAAAUCCUGAAUUUCAGCCCCAA